AUGGCGGAUGCAAUAAUUGGUGCCACCAUUCAAGUUCUGUUGGAGAAAGCAAUAUCUCUGGCCACGGACAGGAUUGGCUCUGUAUUUGGACUCAAGAAGGAAUUGGAAGCCUUACAAGAAUCUGCUGCCACAAUCCAAGCUGUGUUGGCUGACGCUGAGAUUAAGUAUGAUAAAAGCCAACUCGUGCAGCGAUGGCUCGAGAAGGUUGUAAGUGUGGCUUUUGAGAUUAAUCAUGUGCUGGAUGAGCUUAACUAUGAGAUUCUUCGUCGAAAAGUGAGAUCAAGGAAUCAACAGAAGGUAUGUUUGUUCUUCUCCUCAUGUAAACAUGAUAUUUCAUUUCGGUGGAGAAUUGGUUAUAAGGUUAGGGAUGCAAACUGUAAGUUGAAAAACUUCAAUCUCGAAGCUACUGAGAUUGGAUUGAUCAGGAUGGCAGCUUCACUGCUUCCUACUGCUUCUAUAACCGUGGCUGCUGUUGAAUCGGCAAAAAGCCGAGAAACCAACUCCCGUGUUGUUCCCCAGUAUGUUGUAGGAAGAGCCAAAGAAGAAUCUGAAAUUGUGAAUCUUUUGUUAGGCUCAUCUAACCAAAAUAUUUAUGUUCUUCCCAUCGUUGGUAUGGGUGGAAUUGGAAAAACUACUUUGGUUAAAUCCGUAUAUAACAACCAACAUAUCGAGAGUCACUUCAGCAAAAGAAUUUGGAUCCGCGUGUCUGAAAAUUUUGAAGUGACUGAACUUUUUAGAGCAAUUUUGGAAUCACUGAAGGAAGAAAAAGUCGAAAUAUCUUCCCAAGAUGCAAUUGUUAAAGAAGUAGGCAAAGAUCUUCACGGGCAAAGGUUUCUUUUAGUUCUUGAUGAUGUAUGGAAUGAGAAUCCCAAGUUGUGGGAUGACUUUUUCCUCUCUUUGGUGGCGCUAUGCACCAUACCCGGAAGCUGCUGUCUUUUGACAACUCGUCUAAAGACGACAGCAAACCUUGGAGGUAGUCGCGGUGUUUAUACUUUAAAUAAGCUUUCGGAUGAAGACUGUUGGUCCAUCAUUAAACAAAAGGCAACUGCGGGUGGAGAAAUGCCCGAAGAACUGAAUAAACACAAGGCCCAAAUCCUGAGCAGAUGCCAUGGUUUACCACUAGCUGCAAAUGCCAUUGGAGGUUUACUAUGUCUGCAGAGAAAAGAGGAUUGGCUCUCAAUUGUGAAUGACAAGGUUUUGAAGCCAAGCAGAGAUCUUGAAGAUGACAUUUCGCGAAUUCUGAAGCUGAGCUUUGAUUAUUUGCCUUCUCCAUCUAUUAAGAAAUGCUUUGCUUAUUGUUCAGUAUUUGCCAAAGACACAAUCAUAGAAAGAGAUGAACUGAUUGAACUCUGGGUCGCAGAGGGUUUUCUUCAAGAGAAAAGUGAAAGUGGAACAACCAUGGAAGAAAUGGGAGGCAACUACCUCAGAAUUUUAUUGCAAAGUUCCUUGUUGGAAGUUAAAGGAGACCGUUAUCAAAUGCACAGUCUUGUUCAUGAUCUAGCAAUGUUAGUUUCAAAGACUAAAAGUUCCAAAAUGGAGAAAAAUAACCAGGUCCGACACCUUUCACUGAACUCAUGUGGAGAGGAGACAGAAAAGGUCCUGAAUGCAAUGUCGUCACCAUUUAUUCGAAAAAUAGUUGUGAAUAGUAGCAUAUCUGAUGAAAUGUUGCUGAAGUUUAAGUUCAUUCAUGUGCUGAAUUUGUCUGGUGGAGUAAUUAUAAAGGAGUUACCGAGGUGUAUAAGAAAACUCAAACACCUUCGCUAUCUCAACCUCUCACGAUCUAAAAUUCAGGAGCUGCCAGAAACUCUUUGCAAACUUUACAAUUUGCAAACACUGAGGUUGAAUGGGUGCUUCCAUCUGCAAAGUCUUCCGCGAAGGUUGAACAAUCUGAUAGGUUUGAGGCACUUACAUUAUUUUGACUUCUAUGAGAGGUUACAAAUGCCACCAGAGAUGGGACGACUAACUUGCCUUCAGACUCUGAAGUUCUUUAAUGUAGGAGAAGAGAAGGGUUGUGGAAUUGAUGAGCUUGGACACAUGGAACAACUUAAAGGUGAACUUCAUAUACGGAAUCUUGAACUUGUAAAGGGCAAAGAAGAAGCAAGGCUGGCAAAUUUGUUCUGCAAGCCAAAUCUGAUGACGCUGGGAUUAUAUUGGACAAGUGCAGAUCGUUAUGGCAUUGAGAAUUGCGACAAGCAUGUGUUAGAAGGCCUUGAACCUCACUCAAAUCUACAAGAGUUGAGAAUAGAUGAUUUUAUGGGUGAUCAAUUCCCUCAAUGGAUUGGAAACUUGUCAUUGUUGGUGAAGCUGGAGUUUUACAAUUGCAAGAGAUGCACGGAACUUCCAGGUUUUGGACAUCUUCCACGUCUUGAAAACCUCACAAUAUGGGGUUUAGAAAGCCUUAGUUGUAUUGGUGAUUCAUUCUACCAACCCUAUGGUGGCGGCCGAGUGGCAUCCAUGUCCAGGAGAAAAUUGUUUCCUGCCCUUAAAACUCUUGCCCUAAUCCAACUGUCACAUUUGACAGAAUGGAAAGAAGUAAAACCAGUUGACUGUGAUGGUGAUGAUGUUGGUGUUUUGUUUCCCAGGUUGGAGUCCUUGUGCAUCAAUGCAUGUCCCCAGUUGCGCAACACUCCAACUCACUUUCCCACUCUUAAUAAAUUGGAAAUAUUGGGAGAUCUGCGAUUUUCUGUGGUUCAAAACAUUCUCAGGAGUAGUGCUGGUGCUCUCAAGUCUUUUUCCAUAAGAAGUAUGGAUGAACUGACUUGUUUUUCCGAUUUGAUUGCGUUACAAGAACACAACAGCGUCAUCAGUCAUAAUCAUCUUGCAUCUCUUGAGUAUCUUGAAAUUGAAGGAUGCAAUGGUUUGAUCAAUAUACCAAGUGAAACACUGGAGGGUUGCACAUCUCUCACGUCCAUUUUGAUCACAAAUUGCUCGAAUUUGAUAUCAUUUCCUGUUGAUCUGCAACGGCUUUCUUCUCUCUCAUCAAUGUUGUUCAAAGACUGCCCGCAAUUGUUCUCCCGAAAUGGUAACAUGCCUGGAGGAUUUGAUCACCUGACCAACUUAAAGGAACUUUCUGUGGGUCCUUUCUCGGAUGAUUCAGUUGAAUUGUUUGACUGGGCAGGAUUAGCAUCAUGUUCAUCUACACUCAGCAAACUUCAUUUAUAUGGGAUGCCUCAAAUGCAAAAAGCGCUACCCGAUCAACUCCAACACUUGACUUCAUUAACAUAUUUAGUUCUAGCGAGUUAUGGUUCACUGGAAGCUUUACCUGACUGGUUAGGAAACCUGGCAUCUUUAGAAACACUUGAGUUAUGGGACUUCCCAAAGCUUCGAUGCUUGCCUUCCAUGGACGCCAUGGCGCGCCUGACCAAAUUUCGGGUAUUGGUGCUUUACGGCUGCCCUAUUCUCAAGGAAAGAUGCAAUGGUGAAAUCAAUGGCUCAUCAGACUCGGAAUGGUCCAAAAUUUCUCAGCUUCCCAAUCUCGGAAUCAACAUUCUUCAAGUAAUUUAA